AGCGACGGCGCCCACUCCAUCUCUUGCUUCUCCCUCGCCGCCUCUUCAGAUACCCGGCCGAUCAAAGCCCCGGCCUGCAAGCCUCCUCCUCCUCCUCCUCCUCCUCCUCUACCUUCCCUUCCAUUCCCUUCUGACCUUGCUUAGCAUCUCCGUCCACGCUUCUCGCGCAAUUCCCCCGCUUCCGACGUUACCUUGCCUUGGACGCGCGCUACAUCGGCCGACGCUAGCUAUAUGUGAUCCUUGCAAGCCAGGGGUUGAUGGCGGACCAUUUCGCGGUGAUGGCGGGCCGGCUGCUCACGGCGUCCACGGUGCAGUCUGCCAUCGACGAGGCCUCCAAUGCUGCUUCGUCUUCGGCGCCGACGUGUCGUGAAAAGGCCGUCGUCGUUGAAGACGGUGGCGGCAGGCCGAAGAGUGGCGUGCUGGUGGAAUGCAGGAUCUGCCAGGAGGACGGCGACGAGACAUGCAUGGAGGCCCCUUGCUCCUGCAAGGGCAGCUUGAAGUAUGCUCACCGGACAUGCGUCCAGAGGUGGUGCGACGAGAAGGGGGACACCAUAUGUGAGAUAUGCUUGCAGCAAUUCACACCAAACUACAAGGCUCCUUCCAAGUUGUUUCAGCAGGGAAGAAACUCCAUUUUCUUCAGAACCCCUGCGUACAUCCAAGCACAGGCCCGGAGCUCUUCCACAUCGACAAGCUACGAGUACGAUCGCCAAGCUUCCACCCCAAAGGCUGUAAUCUGUUGCCGCAUAAUUGCUAUAACUCUGAUGCUUCUCCUGGUGCUCCAUGACGCCAUCUCGGUCUACCUCGGCGAUCAAGGCGUCUACACCGUCGCUCUUGUCACCCUGCUGAUGCUUAGAACUGCUGGAAUUGUGAUACCGGUCUACAUCAUCUUGGUCGCGGUGACCGAAGUGCUUUAUCGACGCAGCGAGUGGCGGGCUAUGCAUGGUCAGGUUUCAGAACCAGAAGCCACAGGGAGCACGCAGCCGGUGCCAAUUCCGCCGCAGCAACAGCGUGUGGUUAUCACCAUCCAGUAGUGCACCAAGGGGAACAGAUAUGGACAUCAGCCGUCAAGUAUGGCAUCUGGAUGCGGUUUUGAGCUUCGGGUGUGCCAUCAUGUCGACACAAGAGAUGGAGGAUAUGUACAUAAUAAUUGUGAGUUGUGAACUUGUGGCUGUCCAUAUAUCAUCUUCGAAUACCUGUGUAUAUCGAAAGAAAAACACAUAUGUACAUUCAUGGACACUCGCUUCAGAAGCAGUGAAGAUGAAGUGUUCCUGCUGUACAAGAC